UAUAUAUAUGUUUUAUUUAUUUAUUAUUAUUAUUAUUUUUUAAAUUCCACGAAGACCUUCUGCAUAUUUGUGAAUUACCAGCGGGCUUCUCCAUGAUUCAAACGAACAAAGCGCUCCAAACGUGCGAUGUCUGCUUCGACGGUGUCUAUCACGGCGAACCCUGCAGCUCGUAGGAGACCUGUCGUCGUUGGUGAGGAGAAGUCCAACAAUAUGGAAUUGUUACCCAAAGAAGCACCAAUUAAUGUCGGCGAUCUUGCUAUUAACAAUGUUAUGGGCAACGAUAAACACGUGGCCUCUCACAGUAAGGAUAUAAGCCACCAUUCCAUUCGUGGUGAGGCGGUUCUCGAAAGAUCCUCGAAAGAUCUGGCCCAAGUCAAGAAGAACAACGCCAUUGCACAUUCCACUGUUUCUCCUCGUAGGACGCGUAAAGUGGUCGCAAAGCCUGAGAAGCCGCGCUGGCUGACGGUGUUUAGUGUUUUCACCAAGAAUUUUGUGCUGUUGCUUGUGUUAAUAGGGUUGGCGCAGAUGGUUAGGAGACUGGCUUUGAAGUCAGGGGAUUAUUCUUUGUCGGGGGCACAAGUGGGAUUAUCGGAAUUUGAGGCCCGAAUUGCUGAAGUUGAAUCCUUUCUGAAGACUACUGUGAAAAUGAUUCAGGUUCAAGUGGAGGUCGUCGAUGUGAGGAUUGAAAACGAGGUUGCAGGGUUAAGGAGGGACAUGGACAAGAAGAUUGACGACAAAGGUGUAUUUUGGGAGACUGAGUUGAAGCAAUUAGUAGCUAGAAGUGAAGGAAUGGAGAAGUCUAUGGGUGAGUUAAAAGCUGCGGACUGGAUGUCGAAGGAGGACUUCAAAAAGUUUUAUGCGGAGUUGAAGAAGCAACAAGGCAGUGAGUUUGGUGAAAAGGAUGUAAGUUUGGAUGAUAUAAGGGCAUAUGCGAGGGAGAUAGUGGAGAGGGAAAUUAAGAAGCAUGCGGCGGAUGGGCUGGGAAGGGUGGACUAUGCCCUGGCAUCUGGUGGGGCAGUGGUUGUGAAACACUCAGAGCCAUAUAUGGCUGGGAAGGGGAGCAACUGGUUCUUGAUGAGUAGCCGAAGUGGUAUUCAUCCUGAUGCGGUUAAUAUGUUGAAACCGAGCUUUGGGGAGCCUGGGCAGUGUUUUCCGCUGAAAGGAAGUAGAGGGUUUGUUCAAAUUAGGCUUCGAACGUCUAUCAUCCCUGAGGCUGUUACUCUAGAACAUGUGGCUAAGAGUGUUGCUUAUGACCGGUCAAGUGCUCCCAAAGACUGUCGGGUGUCUGGGUGGCUGCAAGGGAAUGAUAUUGAUGUAGCCAUUGAUACUGAGAAGAUACAUAUUUUAACUGAAUUUAAUUAUGACCUCGAGAAGAGCAACGCUCAGACCUUCACUGUGUUGGACUCAGUAGCAUCUGGCAUUGUUGACACUGUUAGGCUGGACUUCGCAUCCAAUCAUGGAAGCUCUUCCCACACUUGCAUUUAUCGCUUGAGGGUUCACGGUUAUGAACCCAAUUCUGUUUCAAUGAUGACAACAGAGUCUUGAUUCCAUCACCUGUAACUUUUUUUAAACCGUAGCUAUUAAUGUAGAUUUCUUUGUUUAAAAUUUUCACUUCCUCGUGUAUUUGUGUUUAGUUUAGUGAAAUAGGUCAGUGCAUUAUAAAUAUUUGCUGGUUAGAUUGUAAUGAAUGGAUGUCGAAGUUCUCCUUGUAUUUCUUGGCCAAUUCUCUAUUGUAGAGGAUGAUAUUGUUCUGUUGCA